CCGUCUCCACCGCAGUUGCGGCCUACCACCUUGUGAAAUGGUCGUAUCCGAAGCUAUAUUAAACUUCGCCCCACCCCGGCGGGUUUUGUCCUACACAAAAAAUCACGCGGCGCUGGAGUAGACUGCCGGCAGUAUAAAAUAAUUUACAUUUACAAGAAUUCAAAAUGUUUACAAAAAUGCAAUACCGUUAAUAUGACACACUUUUUCGGAUACAUCGUGUGAGUUGAGAAUAAAAAAGCGAAAUCAAUAUCGUAUUCGUUUAUGAAUAUUAAUAUUAGUCAGGUAGAGAUUUUGUAGUUACAAUGGCACGGACAAAGUUACCGGUGGUUCUUUUAAUCGCUUGUGCGGUCAAGUGUUUGGCGAUGUCUUAUAACGAAUUGGAGGAUUUUGCAGAGCACAUCAAGAAAACUUCACAGCUCAGCCCGACACUCAAAAAAGGCGUAGAUCCAGACCUUGACUAUGAUGAAGACGAGGUUGUUUCUGACCACGCCUGGGAAGAAAGCGGGAAGUUCGAAGGUGACCUGAUCCUGAAUGAGAGACAACGGAGACUGAUCGUAGAAGAUGUAGCCGAGGGCCUUGCCAGGAAUGGCAUUAGAGAUGGAACUAAAAGGUGGCCCAAUAAUGAAGUCAUAGUCUACAUUCAAGUAGAACAUUUCACUAGCGAUCAAGUGCAAGCUAUUGAAAGUGGAAUAGAAGAUAUCGCUCGUGCAUCCUGUGUCAAGUUCCGCCCUUAUAGAAAAGGUGAUCGUGAUGCUGUGGUCAUACAGGGUAACCGACGAGGAUGUUUCUCCCAAGUGGGCUACCAAGGCGGGUACCAAGUUCUCAACCUGUCAGGUCGUCACCCGGUCGGACGCGGUUGCUUUCGACACGGCACGGUCGUGCACGAGUUGUUGCACACUCUUGGGUUCUACCACAUGCAGAGCAGCCCGGACAGAGAUGACUACGUCAAAAUUGUUUGGGAAAAUAUUGUGCAACCGGCGAGGCAUAACUUUCGCAAAUACAACUCGUUCUCCGUGUCAGACUUCGGCGUUGGUUACGACUACGACAGUGUCCUGCAUUACAGCCAGCGAGCUUUCUCCGCCAAUGGACAGGAUACGAUUGUUCCCAAACAGAGUGGAGCGCAGAUUGGCCAAAGAGUAGGAUUAUCUGAUAAGGAUACUCAGAAAUUGAACAAAAUGUAUUGUGAUGCGGAUUCGGACAGUGGCCAAGCCGAUGAAAACUCUUCAAAAAAGACUGAAUCUAAAAAAAAGAACCCAAAAAAUAAACCAUUUGAUGGUCAUGGAAUAGGAUAUCACCAAGGUAAAGCUGUGGCUAUCAAAUUACUACCCGCACCUGAAACAUAUAAGUUACCUGAUGUGCCAAGUUUUCAUGUAUUUGAUUAUUUUAGUAAAGAGCCGCAAAUCCUGUCGACGUCGGAAAACGAAGGCUUUCGUAUUGGUAAAGAAAUAGCAUACUCCUACAGUCCGCCAGAGCCCAUGAGUACUACACGAGAAAACCACAUACCAGUUCAUGUUGACCAAAUAUCAGAAAUUAAGCCUGAUCAUGAAGUAAUAAUUCAGGAGCAGAAUGUUAAAACCACAGAGAAAAAUGACGGAAAUACUCAGCAUGAGAAACAUCUAUCUGAUUCCAAAUCAGAUGUUGACGCAACAACACAUGUUCAACAUGCUGAUCCACAAAAUGAAGAAAGCCAUGAUCCAGAUUUAAUCGAAGCUUUUGAUAGGCUGUCAAAGAUUAUACAAAUGCAUGUUUAUCCUUCACACACACCAGACCUAAGCAUAUAUAAAAAGAGUGCAUCUUACAUCGAUAAUUAUCAUCAACAUGCGAAGGAAGAAAAUGAUAAAUUGAAUUCACCCGCGUCUGUUGAUGUAGAAAAACAGAAAACGGAUAAAAUGAAUUCAGCCAUACAAAUUAUUAACAGCAUGUUUGAAUAUAGUUCAGAGAAGUCGAUGGCAAGAGAGCCAAACGAAGGUAAUGUAGUGAAAGAAGAGCAAAAGAAUGUAAAGGACGAAUUCAAAAAACAUCUUUCAGCAGCGCCUGAAACAGAAUCACUUCCGUGGUAUAAACGCUAUGAUGAGGAAUAUAACCCAGUACAACAUAUUGAAUCACCAAAGAAUAGUUAUUAUAUAAAGAAUGAAAAACCAAAAAAUGACAACGUUGAUUGGUUUCAAAAGUAUGUUCAUUACUACCCUAACGAUGAAUUUCAUGAUUAUUCAAAAGAUAGUUCAGAAGGGGUAAAUUACGCCGGAGAUACCAAUGAAAAAUUUUAUAUUUCUGCAAUUCCAAAACCGUCAGAUCAAUAUUCUAUAUUUCAUGUUCCAGAUCCAGUGACUAAAAAUACGUACAGAAUUGAAGUCAGUCGGGAUGAUAGAUAAGUUUAUAUUUAUACAGAUAUUUACAGACAGGUUAACUUAAGUUAGAGUUAAAUAGAUAUUAAGAAUUUGUACAGUUUGUUUUAAAUAAAAA